AUGUCUUUAACUGCAAUAGAAUAUAAUAAUCAAGGUAAUAAAUAUUAUUUAAAUAAUGAAUCAUUAUUAUCAAUUGAAUCGUACAGUGAAGCAAUUAAAUUAAUUGAAAAUAAUUCCAAAGAAAAUCUUCCAUUAUAUUUAUUAUAUUUAAAUCGUUCAGCUGCUUAUAUUCAAGAUAAAAAUUUUUAUUCAGGAUAUGAAGAUGUUAAAUAUUCAUUAAAAUUAAAAACAGAUAAAAAUUUUAAAGCUUUAUAUCGUGCAGCUGUUUGCUUAUAUCAUCUUGGUUUUAUUGAAGAAUCUCAAUUAUAUAUUAAAGAAGCUAUUGAAGAUCAUAAAAUAAAUCUUAUUGAUUAUUUAAAUUUAAAAUUAUUAAUAGAAAAAAAAGUUAAUACUAUGAAUAAAUGGAGAAAAACUUUAACAAAUGCACAACAAUCAAUUAAACAUCUUCAACAUAUUAUUGAAAAAAAAGUUUUAACAUGUGAAAUUUCAUCGAUUCUUUAUCAUAUUCGUUAUUUAUUACGAGCUUAUUUUGACGAUGAAAAAGAUAAAAACUUAUUAAAUAUAGAUAUAGUUGAUCUUGGAUUGAAAUUACACGAAUUAGCUGUGCAAUUUAAUACCGUUUUUAAUGUUCAAGUAUGA